UGGUGUGAUGACAGACAGAGGGGGCCCAUUUGAACAGUGUCAUAAGAAAGUGCCGGUGAAGGAGUUUGUCUCAAAAUGCCUCUAUGAUGUGUGUCUGAAUGAGGGUCGACAGGAGGUGUUGUGUGAGGCCUUGGCUAACUACGUGGCCGAAUGUCAGCAGGCUGGGGCUGUUGUCUCACCACUGUGGAGAAAGGCCUCCAACUGCCCCCUGGACUGCCCAUACCACAGCCACUAUGAGCUAUGUGGCACAGCCUGCCCUGCUACCUGUGCUGAUCCCAAUGUCCCAGAGAUCUGUUCCAAAGUCUGCGUGGAGGGCUGCCUGUGCAACAAGGGUUACAUGCUCAGCGGUGAACAAUGUGUCAUCAAGGUGUCAGGGUGUGGCUGAAUGAAAAACUCCUGAACAAAUACGUAAAACCUGUACAUAUCAAGUUUGGAGGCUUAAUUUUCAACUAAACUCUCAUGGCUCCAAAAUAUCCUUUAAAAAUUUAAAUGUUCCUUCCAUGUCCUGGUUGUAGGCUAGAGCAUUUCGACAUAAAAUCGUAAAAGUACCUUAAAAUGACCUUCUGUAUUUGAUAACAUAUUCCAAACUAUAUAAUGUUGUGAGGGAUUAUGAGUAUUCAUGCAUGGAAUUGUUAUUGAACUCUAUAUUCAUUAAAAUUCAAAUAUAA